AUGUUUGAUCGAAUUUGGACUUUUUUAAAAUGGUUAUUUGAUUAUUUAUUAACGAUUAUUAAAACCUUACCACGUGAUAUUCGUGGCCUUUAUAAACUUUCUCGAAAUUCUUUAACAAUUAAAUAUCAUGUAUAUCGAAAACGAGAUUUUAUAGCUAUAUUUCGUAAUAAUGUGAAAUAUUAUAAAUCAAAACCAUGUUUUAUUUCUGAAGAUACAACAUUAUCAUUCCAACAAGUUGAAGAUUUAACAAAUCAAUUAGCAAAUUAUUUCUUAGCUGAAGGUUAUUCUUAUGGAGAUGUUAUUGCACUUAUAUUAGAUAAUUCUAUUGAAUAUCCAUGUGUAUGGAUUGGAUUAAGUAAAAUUGGUUGUAUAACAGCAUUAAUCAAUACAAAUCUACGUGCUACACCACUUCUACAUUCCAUUCAAACAGUUAAUGCUAAAGGUGUUAUUACUUCGAAAUAUCUUCUUCCAGAAAUUGAAUCUGAAUUAAAAGAAUUAAAUAUAAAUAAAGUUUAUUUAUUUGAUUCAAAAAAUAAACUAACAACAAAUAUUAGUAAUGGUUGUACAUCAAUAUUAUCAUUUGAAACAAUUCAAUUAUAUGAACAACUUGAAAAAUGUUCAAUUCAACCUACAAAACCUAUUCCAUAUAAUUUAAAACAUCCUGUCUUCUAUAUUUUUACUUCUGGAACAACAGGAUUACCAAAAGCAGCUGUUAUUAAACAUUCAAGAUUUUUUCUUGGCUCAUUUGGUUUUAUUGUGGCAACUGGUAUUACCGAUAAAGAUAUUAUGUACGAUACUCUUCCAUUUUAUCAUUCAUUAGGUGGCUGGGUUUGUAUUACUCACAGUCUCAUAGGAGGUUGUACAACAGUAUUACGUAAAAAAUUCUCAGCGUCAAAUUUUUGGAAAGAUUGUGUCAGAUAUAAAUGCACAGGUUUUACAUAUGUUGGUGAAUUAUGUCGAUUUUUACUUGCUCAACCACCAAGUGAAUAUGAUAGAAAACAUUCAAUACGUUUAUGUUGUGGUAAUGGACUACGACAAAAUUUAUGGACACCAUUUGUUGAACGAUUUAAUGUACGAGAAAUUUAUGAAUUUUAUGCAGCUACUGAAAGCAAUGCUUAUUUUUUUAAUAUUGAUUCUCAUCCAGGUGCUUGUGGAUUUUAUUCAUUAAUUGCUCCUCGUGCACUUGGAAGUGUACUUGUACGAUUUGAUCCUAUAACAUUAGAACCAAUACGUGAUGGAAAAACAAAAUUAUGUAUACGAUGUAAAGCAGAUGAACGUGGAUUAUUAUUAGGAAUGAUUGAAAAUAAUAUAUUACAUGCAUUUGAUGGUUAUGUUAAUAAUCCAUCAGGAACAAAACGAAAAGUUGUUGAAGAUAUUUAUAAAAAAGGUGAUCGUGCUUUUAAUACAGGCGAUGUUAUGGUAGCAGAUAAAUAUGGUUAUUUAUAUUUUUGUGACCGUACAGGUGAUACAUUUCGUUGGAAAGGUGAAAAUGUAUCAACAGUUGAAGUUGAAAAUAUUCUUAUGAAUCUUCUUAAACGAAAUGAUGUUGUCGUUUUUGGAGUUGCAAUACCAGAAACUGAUGGUAAAGCAGGAAUGGCUGUUAUUCUUGAUGGUCCUUCUCUACCAAUUGAUAUGAAUACAUUAGCAGGAGAUUUGAAAAAAAAUGGAUUACCAUCCUAUGCUCGACCAUGUUUUAUUCGUCUUACUAAACAUAUUGAAUUAACUGGUACAUUUAAAGUUAAAAAGACAGUAUUUCAAGAAGAAGGCUUUGAUCUAAAACUUAUUAAUGAACCAAUAUUUUAUUUAAAUCCACAAAAACAGAUUUAUGAAAGAUUAACAUCUGAAAUAUAUGAUUUAAUAUUAAAAGAAAAAAUAAAAUUUUGA